AUGGGAGAGUCGUCUGCCCAGAUUGAUAUGAAGCUACUUAAACGCUUGGAUCAUUUUGAUGAAUUCAUCCGGAAAAGCCAAGGUUUAAGCAAACAAGGGGUGUUGGAUUAUGAUGAUUUGUGCCUGUUUCCGAACGUGCAACUGCCGGUGGGGUUCAAGACCCCUAAAUUCAACAAAUAUGAUGGAACAAGCAACCCUAAAACGCACCUGCGCUUGUUUGCUAACAAGUUGGGCAAGCCAGUGGAUGACGAGAAUUUGCCGUUGAGAUUAUUUCCAGAAAGCUUAGAAGGGGAUGCUCUCGAUUGGUAUUCCAACCUAAAGCCAGAGGAAGUGAAGACCUGGCUCGAUCUGUCCAAUGCUUUCAUUAGACAAUAUGAGUAUAACUGCAGGCCUCUGGAUCAAUUGUAUGAACAAUUGAAGGCCGCCGGGAAAAUCGGUACAGUACCCCCUCCUACCUACCCAUAUGGCAUGCCCGCGUGGUAUAAUCCACAAGCUGUAUGUGCUUAUCAUUCUGGGGCCACCGGACAUUCGACUAUUAAUUGCAAGGCGCUUAAGCAUAAAAUCCAAGAUAUGGUGGAAGCCGGGGAGAUUGUAAUCCGGAAAAGGGAGGCGCAAGGGCCGAACGUAAAUAGGAACCCUUUACCGGAACAUGCCAAUAUUAUUGGGGUUAUUCUGGAUGAUACGGAGUAUGUGGAACCAGUCAGAGAAUUGGCAAGGGAAGCUGAAGUGUUUGGGGUCACAGACCAACCCUUUGUCAUAGAACUGCCAUUGGAAGAGGACGAAAAGCCCUUUAUUUUGGAUCUCACGCCAGCUGAGAGUGCGGCUUUGGAGCCAAUAGUCAUUGAAUUUCCGAAGCAGGAGCCUGUCUUGAGCCUGCAACAAGUACCGUGGAACUAUGAUGAACCUGUCAUACAGAUUGGGGAAAAGUCAAUUGCAAAGAAGGAAGUAUCAGUGGUCACAAGAUCGGGGAAAAUUGCAAGCCCGUUUGAAGCAACCAUUCCGAUUCAAGCAAAUAACUCUGAGCCACCCGCCAAACCAACAAUUACCGAAAGAGAAGCCUUAGAUUUCCUUAAAAGGCUCCAAAGAAGCGAAUACAAUGUGAUCGAGAAGCUUAGCAAGUCGCCCGCUCAAAUAUCCAUGUUGGAUCUACUUUUUUCAUCAGAUGUGCAUAGGGAUGCAUUGCUCGAAGUACUGACUAAAGCUCAAAUUCCUAGAGACAUUUCAGUUGAUAAUUUCUCACACGUGGUUGGGAACGUAUUAUUCACCAAACAAAUCACUUUCUCUGACGAGGAAUUGCCGGCGGAAGGCAUUGGACAUAACAAGGCCCUGUACAUAGUUGUGAGGUGCAACGGAAAAAUGCUGCCGAAGGUAUUGAUUGAUAAUGGAUCCGCUCUUAAUAUAUGUCCCUGGAGCACCUUGGAAAAGCUAGGACUGCAAGAUGUCAAGCUGAGGCCUUCAGGGACCAUAGUCCGAGGUUUUGAUGGAGCGCAAAGAGAGCCAAUAGGAGAAUUAGAUUUAGUGGUCGAGAUGGGACCCGCACAAUUUCAAAUAACCUGCCAAGUCAUGCACUUUCCUAGUGUUUACAACGUUUUGCUUGGAAGGCCGUGGAUUCACAAGUCUGGGGCUGUACCUUCUUCAUUGCAUCAAUUGCUGAAGUUUGUAGUAAAUGACAAGCUGAUAACUAUAUUUGCCGAGGAGGAUUGUCUUGUAAUCACCGAUUCUGGGUCAAAAGAGGAUGGAAGCCGCAAUGUCACCAUGACUCCUCAUAGCACGGCUGAUAUCGUCUCUGUAAGUUAG